AUGUCAUCAAUUUCUAGAGUUGAAAGCUACAAUGCAAAAAUCAAGAGUCUGAUUUUUAAUUCCAAUACAAUACUUCUAAAGCUUGCAAAUGUACCGUCGAUAUGUAUUAAUGAAGAAGACAAAAGAACUAAAUAUUCACUUUUUCGUGCCUCAGUUCCCAAAAUUGCUUUAUUCUCAACAGCAGAAACAAUACUGCCAAAUGUUUGUCAAUUAUUAAGCACAUAUUUAACAGAAGAGACACAGAAAAUUCAGGAAGAUCAAAUAAUCCAAGCACUUCAUUAUCAUGCUAGCUGUGUUGCUGAAAAUGAGCUUCAAGUUUAUAAUUCAGUUAAUCUUGAGGAUUCUGAUCUUUUUUAUAAUGAAACCUUUAUUGCUAUUACUGCAAAGGCUUUACUUAAUCUUAUUGAAGCUAAUCAGAUUAUUCAUCAGGCCAGUAUGAAUAUAAAUUAUCUUAAUGUAUUAAAUCAAGAUCACUUAGAUGUAAUGCAAGAUGGCAAUCAAGAAUUUAUAAAAGAACCACGAGCUGCGACACUUUUGGCAGUUCAAAAUCGUGAUCUUAAAUUUAUUGAGAUUUUAGAUAAUUAUUUAAAAGAGCACCAAGUUGAGCGAUUAUAUGUGGAAGACAAAAAUAAAGAAAGUUCUAGUAAAUCUAAUGAUGAUAAUCUUAGUCCUAAAGACUUGGUGAAUCCUCGUAAACAUAAAGUAAAAGAAAGACCAAAAGAAACUGAUAGAAAACAGCAUUCAUGUGAGCCACCGAAAGGUAGUAGACAGCAAUCACGGUGUAGCAAUUGUAAUGGUUUAGGUCAUAACUGA